AUGGAGAACUUCUCUCUCCUUAGCAUUUCAGGACCACGGAUCUCCUCCUCUGCCAUGAAUACUUUUCCUGAUACUACAUCCUCUCGAGCUACCAGCUUACCAGACAUCUCAAAGACUCCUGUACCUGGUGAGGUGCCCAGCCCUGCUCAGGUCCCACCACCCCAGUACCAACGCAGUGCUCUCCGACAUGGGGUACAUAACACAGUGUUCUCAGCAGACUAUGCCUUGGGGGACACGCCAAGCACUGAACAGCUGAGGCGGAAUUGUACCAUCUACCGGCCCUGGUUCUCCCCUUAUAGCUACUUUGUGUGCACAGAUAAGGAAAGUCAAUUGGAGACCUACAGCUUCCCAGAGGCACAACGGGAUGAGGGCAGGGAGGGCAGGGGGGACAUUGGCCAGCCUGAGGAUAUGGCUGAGAGCAUCUGUUCUUCCUCCUCCUCCCUGGAGAAUGCCUGUCCCUGGGAAACCACCAAGAAACCAAGACCAGGCUUGGACUCCAAGGACUACAUCACAUCUCAGGACAUCCUGACAGCUUCCAAGUGGCACCCUACCCAGCAGAAUGGCUACAAAUGUGUGGCGUGCUGCCGCAUGUACCCUACGCUGCACUCCUUGAAAAGUCACAUCAAAGGGGGGUUCAGGGAAGGCUUCAGUUGCAAGGUGUACUACAGAAAACUCAAAACUCUCUGGGGAAAGGAGCAGAAGGCACGGCCAGGAGACAGGGUAUCUACCAGUAGCUGCCAGACUUUCAAGUAG